AUGGAGCGCAAAGAAACCGUCACGAUCACAAUGUUGAUAUACUACACCUUCAUGUGGAUCUUCAACUGGGUAGCCACCGGCUACUACAUUCAUAAGUUCAUGGAAUACGACAAGUUCUACGCACUACUGCUCCUCCUACACGUGGUCUGUGCCAACUUCGCCCUGCUCCUAGCUUUUCAGAGGCUAGCAGACGUGAUGCUGCGCGACUUGGAUUACGCUUACAACACUUGCGACAACAUCCUCGGGCGGAUCUUGCAACGUCUCGACCCUCAGGAACCUAAGGGUGAAGAUCAAGUCUGA